AUGGCCUUCAACGUGGCCCUUCUCCAAGACAUCCGUCUGCUGGUUUCCUGCUCCAACGGGACGGGCGAGGAUGUCUUCACCAUCAACUGCACGAGUCCUCAAGAAGUCCGCGACAUUUGGCACUCCAUCGAGGAGGGCCAAACCGCCUACUUCGCAAAGCUGCGCGCCACUCACCGCGGCCUCUACAAGAUCCGCCUCGACCUCGCAAACGACUUCUCUGUAACUUCCGACCCAAUCUCGACUCUGUCGCGCGAGCUCCCCAACCCGAUCCCGGCCUCCAUGAUCAGCCACGUGGAGCGCUUCGAGAUCUGCGAACCUAUCCUGCACACCCACCAGCCGCCCGCCUCUUCAGAGCGCUACGACUGCCUCCGCCGCUUCACCUUUCAAUUCCAGCGCAAACUCGACGGACAAUGGGGUGUCCUCCCUGUGAUCUGGCAAGUCCUCAAGACCAAGAAUCCUCCUCUGCAAGAACACAUCGCGAGAUACACGGAAGCCACCAUCACCCGGAGCAUGCGCGAGGCUAUUCAGGACGUCCUUCUCCUCGCCCACAAGGCGGAUCCCAAAGCCCCGCUUCACCCAAAGCUACUGUGGGACUUGCAGCAGGCCAUUGCGAGAGGCACAAUGGACGAGCCUGGUGAGUUGCCGCCUGAUCUACCAGUGAGCAGGUUCGGGGAGUAUGGAAAGCGAUUGGCGGGAGUCUUGGUCGGAGAGCAGCAAGGCGUUAUGCCGGAGGCUCCCCCGAUGGUUCAGACGGCAAAGUUUGGGGAGUACGCGCAGCAAUCGAGACAGAAGGCUGCGAGGAUGUAUCGGUCGGCGUGUAGGGAUGGGGUCGACAGUGUGUGGGAGGAGUUGUUGUGA